GGCGGCGCAGGAGGACUGGGCUCGGCGGGGGACACGGCGGCCGCUGCGGGGCUCGAUCGGGCAACGGCGACGGCGGUGGCGGCGGUGGCGACUGGUCCUCCUCCUUCACCCCAUUGCACCUCCUUUUCUUCCUCUUCCUUUUCUUUCCGGCCGCGUAUCGUCCAUUUCCCCUCAAGGCGGCCCCGAUCCUACGUAAAGGCAUGACUUCCCAGCACCUCAGGGGAAAUAGGGUGCAAGCCCAGAAACUACUUCCACACCACCACUUGUUGAAAAACUGAUUUGAAGGCAUCUCCGGGUUUGAACAAACUGAAAGUGCCAGGAUUUCAUGCGUCUUUGGUUUUGCGCUGGAGACCCUUCGCUUCUAGGUAUCAAGACGAAAAAAACUGGAAACUAAUCUGAACCCUAUUCAAAGUCAGAAUGGAAAGAUUUGUAGUGACAGCACCACCUGCUCGAAACCGUUCUAAGACUGCUUUGUACGUGACUCCCCUGGAUCGAGUCACUGAGUUUGGAGGUGAGCUGCACGAAGAUGGAGGAAAACUCUUCUGCACUUCUUGCAAUGUGGUUCUGAAUCACGUUCGCAAGUCUGCCAUUAGUGACCACCUCAAGUCAAAGACUCAUACCAAGAGGAAGGCAGAAUUUGAAGAGCAGAAUGUGAGAAAGAAGCAGAGGCCUCUAACUGCAUCGCUUCAGUGCAACAGUACUGCGCAAACAGAGAAAGUCAGUGUUAUCCAGGACUUUGUGAAAAUGUGCCUGGAAGCCAACAUCCCACUUGAGAAGGCUGAUCACCCAGCAGUCCGUGCUUUCUUGUCUCGCCAUGUGAAGAAUGGAGGCUCCAUACCCAAGUCAGACCAACUGAGGAGAGCAUAUCUGCCUGAUGGAUAUGAGAAUGAGAAUCAACUCCUUAACUCACAAGAUUGUUGACAAGGAGGUUACCACCAUUGUGAUCAAGAUAAAUAAUGUGGAGUAUUAAAGUUAUGUGUUGAUUGUGUGGUUCAUUUUUAUAUUUAUUUCAUUUUAAAUCAUGUGAUGCAGAAUAGUUUUGCAAUGUAUAUAUAGUUGCAGGCAAAAAAAAAGAAAACAUAAAAAAAAACCUCACUGCAAAACAUAUUGUUAAUUUUAGUCACCAAUGGUGUAAAGCAAAACUUAGGGUUUAGAGUGUGCUAGGAUACCUGAAACCUGAUGGUUAUCUUUAAAAUUGAUGGGUUUUCUCCUGAAAUGUUUGUGCAUGGAAGAACUGCCCUGCUUUUUUACCCUAUUGCCAUGUAUGAUUAUUCCUUGUGAGAUUACCUAAUUACUUGGAUUGAAGACUAGCCUAGGAAAUUGAAGCUGCUGCCAGGCAAUACCACUCACAGUAAAUUAAAGGAAUUAUUUCUGAUUAGAGGAUCCUCAAAAAGGAAGUUUCCCAUCCUCAAAAUGGUGGGAAACUAUUCUUACAUCUUCAGAUUCCUAGCAGAAAAUGAUUGUUUAUUUCAGACUAUGCUUUACUUGUAUAUGAUGUAGUUAACUAUCUUUCAGUUCCUCACUGUCUUUUUUCCUUUUUUUUUUAAAGGCUUAUUGUUGUAUUUAGUAGCAGCUUCAAGUGACCAAAAGACUAAAAUCUUUUAAUGUCAGUGCCAAAAGCCACCGGGAAUUUUGCAGUGACACGAUUUUAGUCUUGUACUAUAAACACAAAUUUUCGAACCAUAGCUUUCAUUUCAAGCCUCAUCUUGAAUUUGCAAACUUUUUUUUUUAUGUCAUGGUGUUAAAAGACUUCAAGAUUGGCAUUUUAAUUUAAACAGGUAGACAUUUUAUGAUUGAGUUUCCUGUUUUUACAGAGAAUUAGUAAUUACUUUUUGGCUGACAGAUCAGAUGAUAAGGAAAUUACUUUUUAUGCAUUAAUUUUUCCACAGGAUUUUAUAAGAGUUUAUUUAGAUAGACUAGAAACAAGUUUACUUACUUUCAGUUUUAUGUGCUUUGCCUCUGGUGGUAUAAGGUUUUUAAACAUAGAUGGUAAACCAUUGUCUAAAAGUACUGGCAAGAUUUUUGUAAUGGAGAUCUGGCAGUAUCCUGCAUAACUGUUUGGGUGAGGAAAUAAUCAAUUCUGUUAAAGGUCAACCAUGUUCAGGAAAUGAUCUCUAUCUGAAUUCCACUAUCCUGUAAGGUUAUUAAAGUGGCUUAGCCCAGGUAUGUCCUCUUUGUUGGAUACCCAAAUUAUAUUUAAAAAAGAUUAAACAGCUGAAAACUUGGAGUAGAGCUUUAAAAAAAGUCUUAAAGUCUUUAAAAACAUUCAACUUAAAAGUCUUUAUAAAGUAUAUUUCUAUUACAAAGCACUGACAAAAGAUGCCCUAUGUGACUUAGAGGGAGUUAUCUUUGAGGUCAUUUUACCACAAGUCUUCAUUAAAAAACAGCCAAAGUGAAUAAGAAAAAGAUUAGGUAUUAGGUUUUUCAGAAUCGGCUUUCCAUGUCUAAGUUUUUUUGGUGGACUUAAGUUCCUAGUAUGAGGCGUCAAAGUGUCCAUCUUAUUUUAGAUUUUAUGUGGGCUUUUUGUUGUUUUCAUUUUUAAAUAAGUCUGCCACCAAAAAAAAAAAA